ACAAUUUGAUUGAUAUCAGCGCCGGCUGCUUUAUUCACCAUCUUUAUCCCAUUGUUGAUUUUUUCAAAGAGAUCACUUUACUGCGAGUGUCUGAGAGAUGUGUCAUGGAGCUGAAUAAAUGGCACAACACACGUACCGGAGCCUUCGAUUUUGCCCACACAGCACAAAUGCUUACCGAGAUCUCAGGAAACAGUGAUCAGAGUCAGGAUCCAGACAUAAAGCUGAAGGCUACUAUGAAGCCCAUCUUGUUAUGUGACCUUAAUAAAGAAAAUCUUACCGAUCCCGAGAUCUUACCCCAAGUGGAAUGUGUGAUCACCGUAUGCCUCCUGGACUACACCAGUAAAGAUGAAGGUGACUAUAAGAGGAAUCUGAAGAAGAUUGUGAAGCUGCUGAAGCCUGGAGGACACCUGAUAUUAUUUGGGGUUUUAAACACGACAUAUUGUAUAGUGGGGGAGGAGAAGUUCCAUGCCUUUAAGUAUGAUGAGAAGUUUGUGAAGGAAGCUCUUAUUGGCGAAGGUCUUUCUAUUGAUUAUUGUGAGGUCAAUGACAGGAAGGGAAAGAGCGAGCUUUCCGAUUAUGAAGCCAUCAUAUUCAUAGCCGCUCACAAGGGCAAGUAG